AAUAGCAGACUGGCAAUCACUAUGGAACAGUCUCUCACUGAGGGAGUUAGUCCCUUCAGCAAAGGAGGAGAGGGAGUUGGAGGAAAUCAUGCUUUCUUUUCCUGUUUUACAGAAGGAUUGCACCAUACUACACCAGAGAAUACAGAGAGGAUAUACACUGCAGAUAGAUCCUGACCAUCAUCCAACGAACAACUGCAUAGGUGUGGGAAGACAUCCAGUCCCUUCACAGCAUUGCUCAACACAGAGAAGGUUGGGCAGUGAAACCAUCAUCUGGAAAUCAGUUGGAUCAGGAAGGGUUGACAUAUCAUCAGAUCUGAAACUGGUCAGUGGGGUGGAGCCUUCCAUCAGAACCAACCUUUCUGAAGGUUCGAGUGUGGGUGAUCAGUCAGGGUGAGGCUGGGAAGAAAUGUGAGUGGCUCCAAGUUUGGUGAGAGCUUCAAUCAUUCAUCGAACAUCCAAGUGUCCUAUAAUUCUUUUAUCACACAAUGCACUUGUUGUACAGCUGUUAAGAAAAGACAACACCAUGGAAGAGAAACGCUUCAAGUGUGAAGUUUGUGGUAAAGCUUUUGUGAAGUCUACCCACCUUCUGAUACAUCAGAGGAUCCACACAGGGGAGAAACCAUUCAGGUGUCAGGUCUGUCAGACAGCUUUCACUCAAUCUUCGCACCUCUUGACCCACCAGAGGUUUCAUACAGGAGAAAAACCAUUCAAAUGUCAGGUUUGUAAUAAAUCAUUCUCGCAGUCAUCAGGUCUCCACACACACCAACGUGUUCACACAGGGGAAAAACCGUUCAUGUGCAAAGUUUGUGACAAAUCAUUCUCAGUGUCAUCUGCUCUCCGCAGGCACCAACAGAUUCACACAGGGGAAAAGCCGUUUGUGUGCAAGAUUUGUGAUAAAUCAUUCUCACGGUCAACAGGCCUCCGUGAACACCAACGCACUCACACAGGGGAGACACCAUACACUUGUGAGAUGUGUGACAAAUCAUUUUCACGGUCAGGGAACCUUCGCGCACACCAACGCAAUCACACUCGGGAGAAACUGUUCAAGUGCAAGGUUUGUGACAUAUCAUUCUCAACGUCAUUGAAACUCUGUGCACACCAAUGUAAUCACAGGGGGAAAAUCAUUUAGUAUCUGAAGUAUAUAACAAGCAAGGGAAACAGAUAUAUGUCACGAACUCUUUUGGAAGAAAGUUGAUGCUGCUAGAGUAUGGAAUCUUCCAAAUUUAUCCAGCAACUGUAUGACAUGCUCUGACAUCAUUAAAAACAUUGAGUCUGAUAUACAUUUUUUCUGAGAUUAGGGAAACUACACAAUGUGAUGCAACUCUUCAAAUGUUACAGCAGUUUGGAAUGAAAAGAUAGCCUGAAACCAUCAAAGACACACCUGUGACUGUAAGAAAGAACUGGACAAAGAUAAAAGGAUCACUCAAGGUGGUAUCUUUUACAAAGGAAGCAGCAUCAUUAUUCCAAAAGAGAUACUGAAGCACAUCGCACACAAACCAUUGAGAAAGAGAAUCUAGUCUGAGGAAUGUAUGAGCAAGUAUGAGCAGUGAGGUGAAGGACCACAUCAGCCAGUGCAGUGCUGUAAUAAACAUCAAACUAAACAAGACAAUGGGCUACUCAUGACUCAUUACAUCACAGACAGCCCAUGCAUGAAACUUGCAAUAGACCUCUUCACUCCCACUCGAACUGAUUAUUUCAUACAGUCAAGUAUUAUUCAGACCGCGGAGAGUUAGAGCAGCUGAUGUCACUGACUCCCAGUGAGAUUGUAGAAUGGCUGAAAGCACAUUCAUGACAUUCCUGACGUUGUGAUCAAUGAAAAUGACCUUAAUUCACGACAGAAGAAUUCAGACAUUUAUGAAUGGUUGGAAAAUUUAGCACCAUACGUCAUCUUCACAACUGCAGUCAAAUGGAAAGGCUAAGGCCAAGGUAAAAGUUGCCAAAGGAUUGUAAAAAAAAGUCCCCUCAAUUCAGCACAAAUGUGUACAAUGCAAUCUGAGAGGAGGAAGCACACUGCCUGAAGGCAGGGAAAGUUGUCU